CGCGGAGAUGUGAAGCGAAGCCCGGGCCAGGGUCGCGGGAACGAGCUCCCGGCGGAAGUGCCGCUGCCAAAGCCACCCGGGCCGCCCAUCCUCUCCUGGCGGAGCCCUCAGGCGCUGAAAACUACAACUCCCGGCAUGCCCUGAGCCCGACGGCCGCAGACCUGAGGCGGGGUCGGGCGCGUCAGCCGGCAGGCCGGCUGUCCACGGCGGCGCCGGGGACUGGGGCCGCCGCCGCCGCCGCCGCUGCGCGCGGUGUGAGGACGCGUGCCAUGGAGGAGACAACGCCCCCACUGCAAGCCGGCAGCAAGCCGCACCUUGAGAAGUUGACCCUAGGCGUCACUCGCAUCCUGGAAUCUUCCCCAGGUGUGACCGAGGUGAGCAUAAUAGAAAAGCUGCCUGCUGAGCGUCAUAUGAUUUCUUCAUGGGAACAGAAAAACAAUUGUGUGAUGCCUGAGGAUGUGAGAAACUUCUACUUGAUGACCAAUGGUUUUCACAUGACCUGGAGUGUGAAGCUAGAUGAGCACAUUAUUCCACUGGGAAGCAUGGUGAUUAACGGCAUUUCAAAACUGACUCAGCUCAUCCAGUCUUCUGUGUACUCACUUCCUAAUGCACCAACUCUGGCAGACCUAGAGGACGAUACUCAAGAAGGAAAUGAAGACCACCAGCUAGAGAAGCCUCACUUUGACUGUCGCAGUGCAAUAUUUGAGCUGGAUUCAUGCAAUGGGAAUGGGAAAGUUUGCCUCGUCUACAAAAAUGGGAAACCUGGGUUAGCUCAUGACACUGAGAUAUGGUUCCUGGACAGAGCAUUAUACUGGCACUUUCUCACGGAUACCUUUACCGCCUAUUACCGCCUGCUCAUCACCCACCUGGGCCUGCCCCAGUGGCAGUAUGCCUUUACCAGCUAUGGCAUUAGCCCACAGGCCAAGCAAUGGUUCAGUAUGUACAAACCCAUCACCUACAACACAAGCCUGCUCACAGAAGAGUCCGACAACUUUGUGAACAAGCUAGACCCCAGCAAAGUGUUCAAGAGCAAGAACAAGAUUUUAAUCCCAAAAAAGAAAGGGCCUGUACCACCUGCCAGUGGUCAGAAAGGGCCUGGGCCCUUACCUCCUCCUACCUCUAAGCCUACCACAGGCUCUGGAAAUCCUGUCCGAAAAUAAGCAUUCUAUCACCUCAGUAAUAUCCAGACACAGAUGGCCCUGUGGCAGCGGCAUUCUCCUGAGAGACCAAAGCCUUAGGCCUUUGUUUCCACUGUCAUUAGCUAGGGGCUGGGACGAUCACACUGAAUUCUCCUCAGGAGUUCCUUCCUCUGUAGGUUGUGACAACCUCAUCUCCAAAGCCAACGAAGACUUUCAGAUGUACCUGAGCUUUCUUAUGUCUGUACCCAAUCCUUAACUUCUUAGCAGUAAUUAGAGAGGUCACCCUCCCAAAUAAACCCAUGGUUUGACUCAUGAAGCAUCAGUAUCGACUAGUUAUGUGACCAUCUCAGUUAAUGAAAAUUGCACACCUUCAGUUGCAUUCACCACACUUCAGCUAUGCACCUGAUGGUAGAGUCCAUAUUGGACAGCACAGAAAGGGGAAGGUUUUUGUCACAGAAGUGUUUUGGACAACAUUGCAUGUGAACACGUUCAUACUGUCCUUCAGAUACAAUAACGUAAUGCCUUAGUUUCAUACGCUUUAUGUUUUGAGAAAACAUUUUCAAAGACAGUCUUGUGUUCUUUACAACCUAGACCAGGAAUGCUUAAAGGUGUGAUCCCUAGACUUAGAAUUGUGCACCAAAGUCACUGGUAUCAUGUGGGGAUAAGAUGAUUGGAUUCCAGUUCUGAUCUGCAAAAUAAGAAUUUCCAAGAAAAAUUCCAGGUGUCAGGGUUUUCUUUUUAAGACAAGGUCUCACUAUAUAGUUUAGGCUGACCUAUAGCUCACACACCCUAUAUAGCUUCCUGACACACACACACACACCCUGUCACUAACGUUUUAAUUACAGAUGUACAGUAUCAUGCGUAACAUUGGAUUUUUAGUCAAUUUAACAGUACUUCUGAGUUUGAAACUUUCAGCUUAAGAUCUCAGUGGUUUCAAACCACAAAGUUUCUUUGUAAUUGGGUAAAGCACGUAUAACUUUUUUGUUUUUUUUUUUUUGUUUUUUUUUUUUUGAAACAGGGUUUUUCUGUGUAGUCCUGGCUGUCCUGGAACUCAUGGAGUUGUGGCUGCUAAAUGACUUAGUGCAUAGAGUUAGUUAUCCUGUCCUUCCUUUGUAAUGUGACCCUACGGUUGCUAAUUAUGACCUUCCUGCUAGCAGCUGUGAUCUCUUAAGUCGUUCAUUUUUUGCUUGCAAGACACCAGUUGGGUUCUCACUUGUGCCUUUAUACCUGUCCUUUCCUUGUGAGGUUCAGCUCUAGUCUGCCUCUACUCAAAGCUCAGUGAAGCUCCAACUCCCCUAGGUGAGCAGUGAUUUUUUUGUGCUUCUCCAGAAAGCCAUCCUAAUCAAUUCUGCAUUAACCCAAAUAAAUGUGUCAUAUUUUAGGGCAAUAAAUUAGAAUGAAUGAGUAAAGUUGUGAAAAUGUUUAACUUUAAAAAUUGAGAAGACAAUAAUUGCCUUAUUUUAGAGUCUGGAUAUCUUUCACUCAUCUUACGGUCUGUGUCACAAAACCAUCAAAAUGAAAUAGGUUACACAUGAAGCCAUGAAUGCCACUGGUCUUUUCUGCACCCAGAAACUAUGUUGUACCCAGAUACUACCUAACUGGAUAUCCCACCAAUAACUGUCUUGAUAAGGCUCUAAAAGACCAAAAAGUAACUCGUGAGACAUGGUGGGAUGUGAAACUUCUUACCCUGUAUCUAGGAAAAGUUCUUCAACACCAUUGAUGCUGUUUCUUCAGAUGUAAAAUGAAAAUUUAUGGAAGGGCUAUAAAACUAUUAAAUAAUGCAAAUGGAGUACACAUGGAGAUGCUUUCAGUAAGCAACAGCUUUUAAAAUAGCAUUCAGAAAGUCCAUUUUCUCCCCAUGAAUUACCUAACCAACAGAACCAAUUGCUUUACCAGAUGAUUUUUUGACAAAAUUGAUUAUUUUAACACCUAUCUUUACUGUCUAUUUCAAAGCCAUUAGCUUUCUUAUAAAAUCGCAAAGACAUUUCAUUCCUGAAGCAAUUUGGUACUUUUGUGGUGUAGUUACCUCUCUGAUAAAAUGAUUUCUAAUCAAAACUAGAAAUAGCUAAAGAAUGGGGGAUAACUGAAAUUUAAUUGGAUGACAGCCUCCCACAGCUUCUGUUAGACCUCCUGAGGAGAAGGAUCAAGGCUCUCAUUUUCCCAACUGACCACCCAGCCCUGUCACAGAGCUACCUACAAACCUGGCCCUUAGUGCAUAGUUUGUUCUACUGUGUUUUCAGGACCUGAUGGCUUAAUACACAUAAGUUUACCCGUGUGUAUUUCUGCAGGCCAGAAGUUCAAUGUCAGUUUUAUAGAGCCAAAAUCUAGUUGUCACUGGGCCAGGACUUGGGAGGCUCCUAUAGAGUCUGUCCCUGCUUCCUCCUGCAGAUUGUUGUUUGGGUUCAUAUCACUUCAGUCCUGUUGCUUUCACUUCGUCUUCUCUUUCUCCAAAUCUCUUCUGACUGUCCUUUAUAAGGACACUUAUGAUUGGAUUUGAGGCAUGUCGGACACUACAGGAUGAUCUUCUCACACCUGCAAGGAAUCCUUACAAAGGAAUUGUACAUUUCAGAGAUUAGAACCGGAGGCCCCAGAGAUGUUGAGUCAAUGUAUUACAGUAGUGUUUGCUACUUCACCAUUUCAAGGGACUGUGGAUAUAAAUGAUUGUUUUGAAGGCCAUAACGGAUCUAUAAGCCACUUUAGAGCUGGGAAACUAAGCUGCCGUUUGUACCCCUGCUCAUCUUCUCUACAUUGUGUUCAACAAUGAACCUUGAAGAAAAUAAAACCCAGGUCUCCAGCCUUCCCCAGCCCCGUGCAUGCGCAUUCUCCUUCACCCCCAAUUCCUUUUGAGUAAGUUACUUGUUAAAAUAAAUCCUUAAGGUUCAAAACAAAA